CAUAUCAAUUCCUCCGAAGUAUUCACAUCGAAGUCCUCGCAUCUGGGUUUUGCUUAAUUCAAGGUCUUAGCUCUUCCUAUCUCCUCCAUUCACCCACUGAAGCAAUGAACGGUGCAGAGGGUGAUCCCGUGAGCUCGUCGUCCAUGGCGGAUCCCUACCGUAGCAAGCGCCUCAAAAGAACCUCUCGCGGCCGAACAAUUCCCAACCGGUCCAACCCUGUCACCAGGCGCGACGUGCGGACCCUCGACAGCGGCGGCGGCGGGUUCAGCGAUGACGGCGACGAAGGAAACUACGGUGUCCACCAAAACGCUAGUUACGGCUAUGAUUAUCGAAAUGGUCACGGGAGCUUUGGCGGUAGCGGUAGUGGCGCGCAGGGAUAUGUGAGGAAGCGCGGACAGGAGAAUUUGGUCCCUGCGCAUGAUUAUGAGGCGGGGUUUCCGAACCGAGCUCCGUUCUGGAGCGACUUCGCCAAGUUCACGUUGCUGGAAGUGUGGGGAGAGAGGUUUUUGCAGUUGGGUCGGAAAAGCGUGAGGUCCGAGGAUUGGAGCGAGAUUGCUGAGAAAGUGUCCGAGUGGGCGCGGAUGGAAUAUACCGAGGUAGAUUGUAGGCAGCAGCUAGACGCUUUGAAGAAGAAGUACAAGAAAGAGAGAGCCAAGAUGGAGCGAACAGGAGCUACUCCGAGCUGGAUGCACUUCAGGAAGAUGGAUAUGCUAAUGGGUAUGAACAUGGAAGAUAGUGGGUUGGCUUGCGGUGUGGAUUCGGGAGAGUUUUGCUUUGCAGAUACCAUGGUUUAUCUGGAUAAGUCGAAUGCGUUUGAUGAGAUGAGGGAUAGCCCGGGCGAGUCGGAGUCGGAGUCGGAGAUGGAUGAAGAUGAGGAAGAGGAUGAUGAUAUGCCUCCACCGAGGAAGGAAGAUGGAGGAGAGGGGAUGAGGGCUUUGGCAGAUUCGAUAGAGAGGUUUGGAGAGUUAUAUGAGAAGAUGGAGUCUAAUAAGAGGGAACAGAUGAUGGAGUUGCAGAAGAUGCGGGCAGAUUUUCAGCGGGAGCUAGAGUUGCAGAAGAUGGAGAUUUUGGAGAGAGCACAGGUUGAGAUUGCAAAAAUACAGGAAGGAGGGGGCAUGGACGAUGGUGACGAAGAUGGUGACGACAUCUGCAGCGAAUAGUCAUGAUUACAUUGCCAGUCUUUAUGCUCUAACUGAAUCUGCUGAACACAUU